AUGAAAACCCGCCUACCACGACUGAACGAAUUCAGGGGAGUACUCGCAUCAGCUGAGAAAACGCCGUAUUCCGGGACCCGGUCGAAUGCCGCACACUUCAUAGAAUCAGCUCCGCCAGACGACAGGAAACUGAACUUCCAGGCAGUCUCAGUUGAGGCCAUUUUAACCCAUAAAAACGUCGCAAGCGAUAGAGAUGCAAUGUCGGAGGUUGACAGUGUGGUCACAAACGAGCUUACUGAGCACCCCAAUAACGUGUCUGAUACGUCUCCGAACGCUCUCACGAUAUUGAUCUGCGAGUAUGUCCCGUUCCAUGACGUCCCAAGCCCGGUUGUCAUUCACCCUCGAACAGUGCUGAUCUGUAUCUUCAAGUCUUGA